UAUCUUUUCUUUGCUUUCUCUUCUUCGCAGAGUAACUAAACGACCACCGAAAGAAAAAUUGCGCCAUAUGCAAACCCUAGAAAUUUCGAUUCUUCAUUUUUUAUUAUUAAAUCCCUCUGAAUAAUCUAUUAUUACUUUUUUUCCCUCACAAAUUGUGUCUUCUCCUUCCCUUUUUCUCAGGAAAAGAAAAUUCUUGAGUUUUCGUUGUUGUUGUGUUUUUUCCUUCAAUAACGUAGGGCAUUUCAAAGAAAUUAUUGCAUUUGUCGUUUUUUUGUUUUUGUUUUGCAGGAAACAGUUACUUAAUGCUGGAGUUAAAUGCAUUUGGCUGAUCUUAUUGUCUGUUCUAAUAAUUGUUGUGUGUUGUUUCGGAAUUAGGGUGUUCCUCUUAUCUUGUUCGAAAUUAGGAUUUGUUCAUCUUCUGGAACGAAAAAGAUAUUUCCUUUAUAUCUGAUUCACUGAAAACAUGUCUACAGAAUAUCCUGUGCUUGAUAACCGACCAAUUAACAAGUGGAAGGUAACUGAGUUGAGGGAAGAGCUUAAGAAGCGGAACUUAACAGUAAAGGGGUUGAAGGAUGAGUUGGUGAAAAGAUUGGAUGAAGCGAUUCGGAAGGAAAGGGAAGCCCUUGAGAUGGAAGAGAGCAACGGUUCUGAUAGUGAGAGUGAGCCUGUACUUGAGACCUCUGAUGCUCAGGUAGACCAUGGUGGUGAUAAAGUUGUUGAUGAUGCUAGGAAGGGCGGUGUUAAUGAAGUUAGUGAAGCAGAUGAUACUGUUGCUAAAAGUGAGACCAAUGAUUGCCCUACUGAUACAGAAUUUGCAAAAGCCACAGGCGAGGUACCAACUGGCGAUUCUGAUCAGUCUAUUGAAGGAAGAAAAGAUUCAGAUACCCCUAUGGAAACCAUAACUUCAGUUGAUGUUAUUGAGGGUGCUGUUGAGAUGGCUUCAGCUGAGGUGGUGCUAGAAAACAAGGUUGAUGUAUCAAUAGAAGGGUCCAGUCUGUUAGAGUCUUCUUUAGAUGGCGGCAGUAUUGUGAAGGAGGAUGUAGAAAUGAAAUUAAUUUCUGCUGAGGAACCUAAUUUUAUGGGAGAAGAAAAGGGUAUUGAGGUGCUACCUAAUGCAUCUGGGGGAAUCACUACAAGCAGCAAAAUUGAUCCUGAAAAUGAGGGAUUAAAACCUUUGAAGAUGGAUGCUGAACCUGAUUUGUCCGACCCAAGCACCCAGGUACAUGAGGUCAUCCCUAAUUUAGGGUCUCAAGUAAAAUCUGACUCAAUUCCUAGUGAUUCUUUGCCCAUUUAUGUAACAAAAGAACUUAAUGAUGAUUUGAAUGCUGAUAAUGUCCAAUUAGAACAAGAAAUUGUUAGGCCUGAGAUGGUUCCUCCAUCAGCCAACAAAGACCCCUCUGGCGUUGGCAUUAAUCAUCCAAUGGAUGAUCAAAUGCCAAGCAAGAGUCAAGGUCUUGUUGGAGGAACUGAUGAUGACGAGUCCUCAAAUGUGAAAUUUAGCAUGAAAAAUGAAAAUGCAGACCAAUCCUUUGUAGAUGUUUCCAUUAUAGAACAUAACAUGGAUAAUAAGGCUUCAAGUAGUACUGAGCUGGAAGUGCUGUCAAAAGAUGGAAAUAUGAAUCAAGCUGAGUUUUUAUGUAAAGAGAAAGAAUCAUCUGAAGAAGAAAAACUUGAUGUUGCUGCUUCUACCGAGGAAACCAAAUUUCAAGACAAUGAAUCUACAGAUGCUGGUUUUAGUAAGAUUACUGAUAUGACAGAUGGAGAAAAUCUUGAAAAAAUAAACCUCGACCAAUCUUCAGCAGAUGAUUCCAUGGAGGAGGACAUAGUAGAAAUAAAGAUUGUAGAUUCUGAACAGAUCUCCUCUGAAGUGGGUGAAAAGACUGAAGAAACUCAUACUAAGGAAUCUGGAUUGGGGUUGGAAGGUAGUAGUACUGCUUUGCCGUCUAACAUUCCUUCUGAUGCAGUUGAAGUUUCUCAUGGAGAUAAGAAUAAGAUUCUUGAUGCACCUGAAAAGAGAAAAUUUCAAGACACAGCUGCAUCGGGAAACAAGGAACCUGCCAAAAGGCAGCGCAAAUGGAAUUAUGAGUCUCUAAAGAUAUCUGAACCAAAAAAUCCCAGUAUCUCGGUUCUCACACCGAAGCAAAUCUCAAGGCCUUCCCCUGGUGGCAGUGACUCUACGCAUGAUGUAGAUACUCCCAAGGAGCGGAUUGUUCCAGAGUCUUCAAAAACACCCACCAAUUCUCUCAGAAUUGAUAACUUUGUGCGGCCGUUUACACUGAAAGCUGUACAAGAGCUCCUAGGUCAAACCGGAAAGAUCUGCAAUUUCUGGAUGGACCACAUCAAGACCCAUUGCUAUGUCAAGUUUUCUUCUGUCGAGGAAGCCAUAGAGACUCGAAAUGCUGUGUACAAUCUUCGGUGGCCUACAAAUGGAGGGCGCCUCCUGCUUGCAGAUUUUGUUGAUCCACAGGAAGUAAUCUCGCGUUUAGAGGGCCCUUCCAAGCCAACCACUCCUACAGCGAGUGCCAGCCCAGCAGUCCCUCCGGUCCAAACUCCAUCCCAGCCCUCACCACUAGCCAGGCAGCAAGCUCCCCGGGAGCAAGUUGAGCGCCCUCAUCCACUCUCCCGCCAACCACCUACUUCUGAUCGACCUGCAAUGAAAGAGCGGCUUGCUAGACCACCUUCCCCUGUUGCUGACAAAAUGGAAGCCCCCAUCGUCACUUUGGACGACCUGUUCAGGAAAACAAAAGCCACCCCUCGGAUAUACUAUCUACCCCUGACAGACGAGCAAGUAUCCAGAAAGCUGAACGAACAAGGAAGGAACAAGUAGACUUGCAUUAGGCCGAGUAUAAUGACCAUUUGGGAAUGCAAUAAUAACUUCACCAUUUAAGGCUGAAGGCUCAACAUCUGUUCCUAAUUAGAUUUGUGUUCAACUUUAUAGACUAAUAGACACAAAGUUAUAUCAGUCAAGUAGUGUUUUUAUUUUUAGUUUUGAACUCCAUGGAUCCUUUGAACAGCUGGCUUUUAGGAGGUUUAAGGACAACUCUGUAACUCUGUAAUCUUUAUUCUAGUUUGUAUUUUGUAAGAUGUUCAACUUACCUUUUUUCAUCUUCUUCAUAUUAUUACUCCGCAUGUAGUUUCAUCA